AUGGUGGCAAUAUUUAGAGGAGACGGCGCAUGCGGCAAGACUUCGUUGUUGAACGUCUUUACUAGAGGUGAACCCACUGUAUUCGACAUAUACGUUGACAACAUCCACAUGGAGCUAUCCCUUUGGGAUACAGCCGGACAAGAAGAAUUCGACCGCCUCCGUGCCCUAUCGUACGACGACACCCAGGCCAUAAUGCUCUGUUUUAGUGGGCGACAGCUAACUUAUUACCACAACCAGGUUGACAGCAAAGACUCCCUCGAGAACGUCGAGUCAAAAUGGCUAGCUGAGAUUGGCGAGAACUGUCCCGGCGCAAAGAUUGUGGUUGUCGCAUUGAAAUGUGACCUUAGAGAAGAGGCCAGUGAUGAGAAAGACGACAGCAGCAACGCCCAACAGCCGAAGCCAGUCAUUACCUACAGCGAAGGCCUUGAGGUUGCAAAACGAAUAAACGCUUUACGAUACCUGGACGUAGAAUGCUCUGCUAUGAGAAAUCGCGGUGUCAACGAAGCGUUUACUGAAGCCGCUCGAGUCGCUCUCUCGGUAAAACCCGCGAACACAUCAGAUCGGAGCGGCAAAUGCGUGAUCCAGUAG